AAGUGCACACGGACAAAGCGGACGUCCGCGUGCGCGACUUCCUUUCUCUUCCGCAGCUCGCGACGCCUCAGCAUGCCGCCCAAGGACACGAAGCAGAAGAAAGAUGCGGGCAAGUCCAAAAAGGACAAGGAUCCCGUCAACAAAUCCGGAGGCAAAGCUAAGAAGAAGAAGUGGUCCAAAGGAAAGGUGAGGGACAAGCUAAACAACCUGGUCCUCUUUGACAAGGCCACAUAUGACAAACUGUACAAAGAAGUUCCCAACUACAAGCUCAUCACACCCGCUGUGGUGUCUGAGAGGCUGAAGAUCAGGGGCUCGCUGGCCAGGGCUGCCCUGCAGGAGCUGCUCAACAAAGGUCUGAUCAAGCUGGUGUCCAAACACAGAGCUCAGGUGAUCUACACCAGAAACACCAAGGGCACUGAUGAGGCAGCUCCAGAGAAGGAGGCAUAAUAUGAUUGCACCUUGGCUUGAGUUAUGGUCUUUUGUAUAGGUAAAUAAACAACCACAGAAUGAAA